UGGUACAGGCGUGAAAUCGCGUGGGUUUUUAAGAUGGCGCCUGAGUAGAAAACUCUCUGGAAGCGGAUUCGAUUUUUUUCCCCCACCGGAGGCAGGUCAUCGGGCUGGGAUAGCUGGUUGGAGGACUCCGUUUGAAUGGGCUCUGUGGAAAACAUUGCCUUGGUGGCUCUCUGGGUGGUUUAGGACUUUAGGCCUUGGCGGCAGUCUAGGUUCAUCAAGUAGAGCAGUAAAAGAGAGAAAUAGUCAAAAUGGGAAGGAGAUCUACAUCUUCCACUAAGAGUGGGAAGUUCAUGAACCCCACAGAUCAAGCUCGAAAGGAGGCCCGGAAGAGAGAACUGAAGAAGAACAAAAAGCAGCGCAUGAUGGUGCGAGCGGCAGUACUAAAGAUGAAGGAUCCCAAACAAAUCAUUCGAGACAUGGAAAAACUUGAUGAAAUGGAAUUUAAUCCAGUACAACAGCCUCAAUUAAAUGAAAAAGUGCUUAAGGACAAGCGUAAGAAACUGCGUGAAACUUUUGAGCGUAUCCUGCGACUAUAUGAGAAGGAGAAUCCAGACAUUUAUAAGGAGUUGCGCAAGCUAGAGGUGGAAUAUGAGCAGAAAAGAUCUCAGCUCAGUCAGUACUUUGAUGCUGUAAAGAAUGCUCAGCAUGUUGAGGUGGAGAGCAUCCCCUUGCCUGACAUGCCUCAUGCUCCUUCCAACAUCCUUAUUCAAGACAUCCCUCUGCCUGGAGCCCAGCCUCCUUCCAUUCUCAAAAAGACAUCAGCUUAUGGGCCUCCUGUCAGGCCUGUUACUGUUCUUCCACCUCCUGGGCAUGGUGUACCCCGUCUGCCUCCUGGUCGGAAGCCCCCUGGACCUCCCCCAGGACCACCACCACCUCAGGUUUUGCAGAUGUAUGGACGUAAAGUAGGAUUCACUGUUGAAAUGCCUCCUCGGAGAAGAGAUGAAGACAUGUCUUAUAGUCCAGAGACAGGUCGAAGAGGCCACGAUGAAGAUGCUUCCAGUACAAGUGAAGAUGAGGGAUACCCUGACGAUAUGGAUCAGGACAAGCAUGAUGACACUACUGAUGACAGUGAUAGUGAAAGAAGUGAUGCUGACAGUGAUGGAGAUGAGUUCAUGCAUCACGAUGACAGUGCUGAAAGGGAAGGUGGUGAAGACAAGAAAUCUGGUCAUAGUGUACGUUUUGCUGACAUUCCUGGAAAAUCAAGAAAAAAGAAGAAGAACCUGAAGGAACUCACUCCACUUCAAGCAAUGAUGUUGCGGAUGGCCGGUCAGGAAAUUCCUGAGGGUGGCAAAGAGAUAGAAGAAUAUUCUGAAGAGGAUGAUGAUGACGAUGAAGAUGACUCUGAUGCAGAGGAUUCUCAGCAACAGCAGCAGCAAAUCACAGAAGAGUCACACUCAGAGAUAGGAUCCACAACGCCUUCUCAAACAAAUCCGCCCCAGCAGCAACCUCCACCUCAGCCUGUCCCUCCAACUCAGAUCCAAGCACCUCCGAUGCCUGGGCCGCCCCCUCUUGGACCACCUCCUGCACCACCUUUGAGACCACCAGGGCCUCCUACUGGCCUUCCUCCUGGGCCCCCUCCAGGUGCUCCUCCUUUCUUAAGACCACCCGGAUUGCCUGGACUGCGUGGACCUUUGCCACGCCUCUUACCUCCUGGUCCUCCACCUGGUCGGCCACCUGGCCCUCCUCCUGGCCCCCCUCCUGGUUUGCCUCCUGGCCCACCUCCAAGGGGGCCCCCACCUCGUCUGCCACCUCCAGCUCCUCCAGGUAUUCCACCUCCUCGUCCAGGCAUGUUACGCCCUCCUUUGGUUCCUCCACCUGGGUUAUUCCCACCUGCUCCAAUUCCAAAUCCAGGUGUAUUGAGUGCUCCCCCCAGCUUGAUUCAGCGCCCCAAGACGGAUGAUACCAGUGCAGCCACUAUUGAGAAGAAAGCCACAGCAACAAUUAGUGCAAAGCCACAGAUUACAAACCCCAAGGCUGAGAUCACCCGGUUUGUGCCUACAGCUCUUCGAGUUCGGCGAGAGAAUAAGGGAACAGCUGCCUCUGUCCUGAGAAAACCUGAUGAUGAGCCUUCUGUUCAGAUAACCAAAACUACUCCUAAACCUGGCUCAUCUGCCCCUGUUUCUGUGCAGACCAAGGAUGAUGUUUAUGAAGCUUUUAUGAAGGAGAUGGAGGGGCUUCUGUGACAAUCAGUUAAGAUUUCUAUCUUCUAUGAUGAGAUAUGGGAAUGGGGUUCCAUGUUAUAGUGGUAUCCAGUUGAACAACAUCUUUUGUGACAAUAAAGUAUCUUCCAUCUCAAUCUAUGAUCAUACUUGGGAGGAUAAAUCAUAAUAGAAAAUGGACGAAAAGGCACUGUCACAUUAUCAAUUCUUAAGAAAGACUUGGUUAUGUCUGUGCUGUAUGGGAAGUAUAUUGUCUUGAGUAUUUUUAGUGAUCAGAAGAAAUACAUAGUUUACCAGGGUAAAUUCUGGUUCUAAUCUCUUACAUAUAAACCUGAUCAUCAGGCUUUUGUGUUUGGGUGGCUUCUGUAAAUAUUUUGCAAUGCUAUUUUUUAGUUGGUGAAUUUUCUUGGUUUGUGCACUGUCAUAGAGGUGGGCACACAAGAUUGGUUCCAUAUGUGGCAUUGCAGACGGUUUGUAUCCUGCUUAUUCUGCAGUCACAUUAGUGGCUUCUUGCUGGCAGGACAAAUACCAUUGUCUUAUGAGAGAAUAAAUAUUUGAUGUAAUACAACCCUUUUUGUGAUCACGUGUCUGCAUUAACACUUCAUAUUUAGAAAGAGAAUGAGGACUUUCUGAUUAAAUUGUUCAUUUGGAAAUUAAGUAAUUAUAACAUUUAGUAAAACUUAAUCUCCAAUGAAUCCAGGAAAGAGAGAUUUGUUUUUCCAGUAUUCCCCAACUUUGUAACUUUUUGGUUAUGGUAGCUGGUGGGAUAUAGAGGUAACAUUCAAUGCAUUUGGUGCUCACAAGGUUAGGAAAGGACGUCAUUGAUUUCAUUUGAGAGAGAAGACACAGUCCAUAAAUUUAUCACCUCUCUCUCAUUCUUUUGUACUUUAGGCGGGCCUACAAACUCUUAAAAUCUUAGCAUUUGCAAGACAAAAUGGGAGGAGAAAGUGAUUUUGUCCAGAGGUCUAGGCUUAAAAAGCACACAUUAAGGGAAGGAGCACUGACUCAAUCUAGUGCUCACUAAUUUAUUAUUUUGGCAAUUUAUUUAUUAUUUCUGCUUCCAAGCUAGGAAAUCCUUUGUGGAUUCUGCUUUGUGUACCUAACAUUGUGAUUAGUUUUUCUAUCCACUGACAAUAAAUUUUUGAACUCUAAA